GAGGCACAUCCGGUCGUUGAUGGCGGAGUCUCGGGUCAUUGUGGAGGAGCUGCUGGCUCUGUGUCUCCAGAGGAUCACUAUGGAGGAAAACAGCAUGCAGACUGAGCAGGAGACAAUCGAGCUGGUGAAAAACUUCGAGGAGGUCAGAAAGAAGUGGCUGCACGCCGAGCUGGAGCUGAAGAAGUACAAAGAGCUGCUGGUGAAGUCGGACGUGGCCAAAGCCGCUCUGGAAGUGAAGCUGAAACACGCCCGCAAUCAGCUGGACGUUGAGAUGAAGAAACGCUACAAGGUGGAGGCCGACUACCAAUACCUGCAGAGGCAGAUGCAGCUAAUGUGCGACAUCCUCGUCCACGACACGAAAUCCAGCGCCUGUCUGAACGAUGAGCAGAAGUCUCUCUUGGCCACGUUUGAGCACAAAGGGGGGAACAUGACACUGCAGAGGAGCACCAGACGGUUGCCUGUGAUCGAUGAGUCGUCCUUCCUGUCUCACUCUGACAUCAGCUACGAUCGCACCGACGACGAUGUGGAUUUGGACACAACUGUGAUCCAACCGCUGAGGUCUCGAGCGAGAGAGAGGAGGCGUUCCUCGAUGGGUCUGCCUGUUGGUGCUACGGUCAGGAAACGAAGCAGAGGCAGGAACUUGUCAGCAGAGCUUCUGGAGAGGAAAACUGUGGAGAAGGAGGUGGAGACCGUUGUGAAGGCCUCCAUCAUUUCUAAUGACACUGGAGGCCAGGUCCACAUGGUGCUGGGAAUCACUCAGGAAACCUCCGAAAACUCUCCCCAGACUAUCACCCAGGAGUGUAGCGUCUCAGCAGGAGGCCAGACCUCGGUGUGGUUUCCCUGCAAUGACUCGGUCCCCGGUCCUGAGGGUGAAGCUCUAGUCGAGGAGAAAGUCGGGAACAUUGGCAGAGACCAGAAAGCCUCCAAGCACACCUUUGUGUCAAAGACGGUGAUCCGGCCGGAGACCUGCACGCCGUGUGGGAAGAGGAUCCGCUUUGGUAAGAUGGUGGUGAAGUGCAGGAACUGUCGCGUGGUUGCUCAUCCGGAGUGCCGACAGAAGUUCGCUGAUGGCUGCACAGCCUUCAAUGCCAUGGCAGGAAGUACAACUCAAACGGCAGCUAAGGACUCGUUGGAGGACUUUGCUCCUCAGACUCAUCCCAGAGUGCCUCAGCUGAUUGUGGACUGCGUGGCCGAAAUCGAGAGGAGGGGCCUGCAGGAGAGAGGCCUGUACAGAGUUCCUGGAGGUGAGCGUCUGGUAAAGGAGCUCAGAGACUGCUUCCUUCAGGGGAAAUCUGCUCUGAUGCUCAGUAAAGUCCAAGAUGUCCAUGUGGUCUGCGGACUGCUGAAAGACUUCCUGAGGAAGCUGAAUGAACCUAUGAUCACCUUCAGACUGCACAGGACCUUUAUGGAGGCUUCAGAGCUGACUGAUGAAGACAACUGCUCAGCUACCAUGUAUCAGGCCAUAGCAGAGCUGCCAAAGGCCAACAGGGACACCCUUGCCUUCCUCAUGAUUCAUUUACACAAGGUGAUGAGGAGUCCUCAGUGCCAGAUGGACCAGAAUAACUUGUCCCGGGUGUUCGGCCCAACCAUUGUGGGUCACGGGAUGCCUGAGCCAUCACCCAGCACCAUCUUGAGAGACACCAACACUCAGCUGAAGGUUGUCUGCCGCCUGUUGUCCCUCCCUGAAGAUUACUGGAGGCGUAUCCUCAUUGGCCAAAUCCCCCCCUCUUCCUCCACCAGUAAGAUGGGCCAGAGUGAAGGGCAAGGUCGUUUCUUCCAGCCGCUGACAUCUCCAGAGUUAAACAGUUACCAAGCUACAGCAGGAAGAUCUGUGAGAGGGCGAGUCAGGAACCGGGCCAAUGCAGGUCGACCAGAGCCAGCGAGGAAAUUCUUCACGUCGCCCAGCUGACAGAUGUUGAACCUCUAACCUGUUUGAGCACACACUAAUGCUGGACCUUGGCCUGAUGAUCAUUUUUAUAGAUUUCAUGCUAACCACAUGAAGUUUGUUAUCGAGGCACAUUAAAAAAUUACAAGUUGGAAUAAAACGUGAUGUCCUAUUC